GCCACCACGCCGUGGCCUUGGUUCGUCUCCACGCCCCCAAUAUUUCCCAUUCCUUUCCCUGCCCUGCUCCCACCCACAUCUCCACCUCCACCCUCCUCCUCCUCCCUCUCCAUCCAUCCACUCCACCGGCGCAUCGGGGUGUCUCCGUCUCCGUCCGGCCGGCGUGAUUUUCUUUGUCCCCGGGCCGCGACGCACGCGCGACAUGGCCGCCGCAGCUGCUGCCGACGACGCGGUCGCCGCCGACAUCAUCUGCUCGCUGCGCGGGGCCGACCUGGCCGGGUGGACGCCGCCGUGGAGCAAGCGCGGGAGGCCGAUGGAGGAGGCGAGGGAGCUGUCCUGGCCGGCCAUGGCGCGGGGGAAGCGCUCGCGGCGCCGCUCUCCGGCGUCGUCGUCGGCGACGGCGGCGGGGGGUAAGGCGGCGAGGUGCGCCCGGUCCAGCCCGGCCUCGCCGCUGGACUACAGCGCCGGCUCCGCCUCCCUCCGCUCCGGCGCCUCCACCAGCGGCGGCGAGGACGGCGCCUUCUGCUCGCCGUGGCACCGCCGCGCGGCCACCGCGCCUGCGACUACAACGAAGACGACGACGAAGGUGGGUUCCAUCAGACGGCCGCAGUUGACCUUCCAGGCCCCGCCUCCGCGGCCCGCCGGUCAGAGGCAACGGAAGAAAAUGAGGCUGCCGGAGGUCCAGCAGCUGGUGCGGUCGCUCGCCGUGGAGAACGAGAGCCUACACGAGGUGAUGAUAAGAUUUACCUAUCUUUCUAAAUAUUUACGCAUUUCGUCUAAGCUCGCUACAGCCAGAUUGCUAACGAAAGCGUUGGAAUUUUUUUUGGAUUUUGAGCAGGAGAUGCGGGAACUGCAGAGGGCUUGCUCCGAGCUGUCGAAAGAAAAUGACAAGCUUGAGACAAGAAUAGUAGAGCAAUCCAACUCACGGAAUGAAGCCACAUUGAAGGAGCAGAAGGGAAAGCAGCAGCAGCUUGAUCAGCAGCAGCAGUCCCCACAUGACAGCUUCGCGCUACCAGAUCUCAACCUUCCUGCGCAGGACGGUGCUGAUGGGUCAGUCCCUUGUUGAGCGCUCCAGAUCGCCACCGCGGCUUCGCUAACCGAAUAACAAAGUGUACAUAGAGGUAGCAGGCUUAGCUAGACGAGGAGGGGCACGGGACGGGAGUGCCAUCCAAAGAAAAAGAAUGGCGCGGAUUUCAUAAGUUUUUAGAAUUUUUUACAGGGUCAGGUGUCACUAUCCUGAGUGACAAGGUCAGGUUGUAGCUAAACGGAAUGACUAAUUUAGCUCAUCUGCUAAUUGUUUCUUACCUACCUACUAGUGCUUCUAUAUUUCAUAGAGCUGAGAGGUGGCACAGCUCAAACCGACUCACACUGUGUAGCCGAUUUAGAUGCGUUUAUUCAUGUUGCUUUGUUACAAGUGAUGAUGAGAAUGUUGCCUGUGCAGAUUUGGUUACUGUAUGAAGUAAUUGGUAACUUGUUCCA